AUGGUGUCGUUUGGUCUUAUGCAACUACCAUCCGUCGGCUUCAACUACCUUAUCGAUGCGUAUCAGCAUCUUGCUGGUGAUUGCUUCGUCAUGGUCACGAUCAUGCGAGCAAUUAUCGCAUUUGCGUGGACGUUCUUUGUGGCGCACUGGGUGGAGGAGAAGGGAACUUCGGAGCCGUUUGGUAUAUUUGGCAUGCUGAUGGGAAUAUUUUCUCUCCUGACGAUUCCUCUAUGGCUUUUUGGAAAGAGGAUGAGAAUUGCCACAACGAAACUGGUGGAGGCAUGA